UUUAAUACAGCAAUGACUUGUCUGCCGUGUGUGCUUGUUGCUCAAUAAAAAAUGGUUAUUUGCUAUCUAAACCGUUCUAGAAACUGUAAAAUUGUGUAAUAUUAGUAUUUCGCUUGGUGCAGUGAUCAUUUUGAACAUAUUCAAUGGCUACCAGAAAAGUUGUGAUUGCGCCCGACGAAAGUGAUUUAUCCACAGAGGAUGCAUCACCGGGAAAAUCAGCUUUACUCAAAAAGUCUAAAAAGCAUAAAAAACAUAAGAAGCACAAAAAAUCAACACGUCUUGAAAAAGAAGAUAAAUCCAAAUCAAAGAAGCAUAAGAAACACAAACGGAAACAUCGUGGAGAGGAAGGGGAAGUCAGUGAUACUGACGGUGAAGACGAGGAAAAUGCGAAAAAUGGAUCGAAGAUUGACAUACGCAAACUGGAACAUGCCAUUCGGGUAAAAACAAAAGACGGCGAUGGUAGAACAAAAGACAAUGGCAAUUUGAAAGCUUCUUUGGAAAAACGGAAAUCUCAAACGGAAAUUUCAACAGAUCCUGAAAAACUGGUUGCUAUAUUGACUCAGUCGGUUGACAAAAACAAAGAACAUGUUCAACAGGAAAUUGUUUCAGUAGAAAGUGACAGUGAUGCCACUGAGGUCGAAGAUGCUCCUAGUCCAGAUGUAGCUGUCAUCGAGGACGAACUUAAUCUAGAAGAUUUGAUGCGACAAAAGGCGCUACUUCAAGCAAGACUAGGAGAAUUUGUUUCCGAUGAUGACGAGGAAGGUGAAGUGAAACAAGAAUCACGGAAGUCUUUGAAUGACAAGCGCAAGAAAAGUAAAGUGGAUGACGAUAUAAUUACUAUCGAAGGUGACUCCAGCGCAGAAGAUGUCAACCGGUUACUCAAAAAGGCAAGACAAAGAAGCCGUUCGGCUGGCCGCGACACAAAACCGAAAGCAUUUAGCACGGAGAAACGUACCAGUCGAGGCGAAACUGAUUUGAAAGCUCGCGCCAAACAACAGGAACUAGAUCGUGAACGUAAUAGAGAAGAUCAACGCCGGCAACGCGAGCAUGAGGAGCAUAAUCGCCGCAUGGCACAAGAUCGAUAUGAUCGUGAGAGAGCACGAGAGCGAGAUCGCGAUCGUGAACGUGAAAGAGACCGUGCCCGAGCGCGGCAGCGAGAUCGUGAACGAUCUAUGGAACGAUAUCGUGAUCGGCGUGGAUCGAUAGAUCGCAGCAGAGAAAGUCGUCGUUCCAUGGACCGAGGAGGCUCCGGAAGGAGAUUGAGCUCUCGGGAUCGAUUCCGGGGCCGUAGUCGUAGUAGGGAUAGAGGUUGGCGAGAUCGUGAUGACCGUGGGCGGUACGACAGAGAUCGAAAUGCACGCAACGGUAGAGACUAUCGAGGAGGUGCUAAACGUAAACCGGAAGAUGAUAAAUACAAAGACUCACUCAGCGAAGGACUUAAGCAGCAGAAGGAAAGUAGUAGUGAUAGUGAGGUGGGUGAUAUCAAUAUAGACGACGAGGAGGACGAAGAGAAAAUAAUCGAAAAGCGAAGAAAGCAGCGUGAGGAACUAUUAAAGAAACUCGGUGCAACAAACGAAGAUAGCAACCCAUCUCCUGAAUCUAAACCAGCUCCGGUCAUCGAAUUCAAACCGCAAUCCAAACCCGCCGUUAAACAAGACCCUCCAAUUAACCAAUCUAGCAAAUUGCGGAAAAAGGCUGAUGACUUUUUUGUUAUUCAGGAACCGUCCAUAGUGGAAACCUCGGCAGACACUAGUAAUGCCCAUAACGAUUCUCUUACUCCACCCAUUCCGAUAACCAGAGUAACCACCGAGAACAGUAAAGAUACACGGGACGAUGAAAGGUCAAAACAGGAAAAAGGAUACAAACGGAACGAAUGGGAUAUGUUCGCCGAGCAGGAUAUUGAUUCGAAUUUCGAUUCGCCGAACACCGUCGUUGCUAAUAAGCAAGGUAAUGAAAAUCCUGCCCUCACUGAUAACUGGGAUGAUGCGGAAGGCUACUACAGAGUGCGGAUUGGAGAAGUUCUAGACAACCGUUAUGUCGUUGCCAAUUACACCGGACAAGGGGUCUUCAGUACAGUCGUGCGAGCUAAAGAUCAGGCACGUGGAAAUGCACUUGUGGCUGUAAAAAUUAUCAGAAACAAUGAGAUCAUGCAUAAAACUGGCCUUCGAGAAUUGGAAACAUUGAAAAAACUUAACGAUACGGACCCCGAAGAUCGAUAUCACUGUCUCAGACUUUACCGACAUUUUUUCCACAAACAGCAUCUGUGCAUGGUACUUGAGCCCCUCAGUAUGAACCUCCGUGAAGUGCUCAAGAAGUACGGCAAAAAUGUGGGCCUCCAUAUAAAGGCCGUUCGGAGUUACACGCAGCAACUGCUGCUUGCACUCAAACUACUGAAGAAAUCUGGCACCCUGCACGCAGACAUCAAACCGGACAACAUUCUGGUCAACGACAACAAUCUGGUGCUGAAGCUAUGCGAUUUCGGGUCGGCUUCGUCGAUCACGGACAACGACAUCACGCCGUAUCUGGUAUCACGGUUCUAUCGUGCACCGGAGAUCAUUCUCGGCCUUCCGUACGAUUACGGAAUCGAUAUGUGGUCCGCCGGUUGCACCAUCUAUGAAUUGUAUACUGGCAAAAUCUUAUUUAGUGGUAAAUCAAAUAAUCAAAUGCUUAAAUUUUUCAUGGAUUUAAAGGGCAAAAUACCGAACAAAAUCAUACGGAAAGGACAGUUUAAGGAUCAACAUUUCGAUCAGAACUGCAACUUCCUCUCGCAUGAAAUCGACAAAAUCACUGAAAGGGAAAAAGUCGUCGUGGUGUCGGUGAUCAAACCGAACAGGGAUCUACAGCAGGAACUAGUAGCUGGCCAAAACCUUCCGGAUGACCAAAUACGCAAGGUGUCACAGUUGAAGGAUCUACUGGACAAAGUGUUCGCUCUUGAUUCAGCGAAGCGAAUAUCGCUCAAUCACGCUCUGGCGCAUCCCUUCAUCCAGGACAAGAUCUAGACGAGGAAAUUCAUCGAUGUUCAUAUUAACAGCAAGCACGAGAAGGCUCAGACACAAUCGAUAAGGAUGCUCGGUGUUCUUACCAUUAAUAACAAUGUGUGAUAGGCGUAAAAGUACAGCUUGAUGAUCUCUUGUUUUUACGAUGCAAAAAUAAGAGAGUGCUUGGAUCACGUGGCUGGCUGAUCGCGGACGGGAGGGAAUGAAACCAACCGGCCAACUAAAAUCCCGUGCAGCGCAGUCAACAUCUACCUUUUUUGCCCAUCCCACCCACACGAUCGCUCUAAGCAAAAACUUUCAUCUUUCAAGCCAAAUAAUUAGACCAAAAUACCAAAGAUCCUUAAAAACCAAUCCAGAGCGUAAACUGUGUACGUACAGGUUGGGCUGCGCCAACAGUUUUGUAUGGUGCCGAAAGAGGUAGUGACAUAAUUGACAUUUUCAACACAUCUUUUUUAUUUUUGUUUAAUCCUUUAGUUUCCAAAUUUCCAUCUAUCCGUUCCGAGUCAUCCUUCCAAUCUAUAUUGUUGUCAAUUUUACACGUUUCAAUUUGUCCUAACAGAGAAUGAACCUAAGUUCCAUUCCAGUCGACAAUUUUUUUGUUGUGAACGAUUGAUCUUCUGCUGUCCUUUUUUUCUUUUCUUCGAUUUUUUCAGGCCAGACGAUUGUGAUGUGCGAUGGAAUAUUUCAGUGACUCGUUCGAGACUGCAAAAGGUAAGUACAGUUGUUAGCUAGCAUGUCGACUAACUUGUUUCAGCAUAAUCAAACCGAACAUAGCUCACAGAAAGAUUUGUCUUUUCUAUCGCUUAACUUCUGUUUUUUUUUAUGUGCCUAACUUUUUGAGCACUACCGCUUUACGAAAUUAGAGAUGACACAUAAACAUUGGCACCUUAAUGCGCCUCCCCGAAUAAAAUCUAAUGCAAUGCUUAUAUAGAGGUUUGCGUGGAAUUUAAAAAGCGUUAUUUCAACUACCAGCAUUUACCGGGUGUACGUUAUUUGGUCGAAAUUUGUUAGGCGUAAAUCUGUUUGGCAUAAAAUAAAACGACAUACUGUUUCAUUUGGCAUAAGGGAGUACUUUGAAAGGCCGAAAUACAUAACGCCCGAAAACACUUGAAUUACAGAUUUUCCGAUUAGUGCUCGAUUUUUACAUUCGAUUUUUAAGUGAAUAUCUUUGUUAUAUGUGAGGCAACCUCGGCAGCGCCAAGCCGCCUAGGUAAUGCAGCCCGAGUCGUCCAAUCACUAAUCGGAAAACCUAUAAUCCAAGUGUUUUCGGCUCUUAUGUAUUUCGGCCUUUCAAAGUACUCCCAGAACAAAGCGAAUCUAAAGAAAAUAUGCACAAUUGAAAUUAUGCCAAAUGAAACAGUAUGUCUUUUUAUUUUAUGCCAAUCAAAAGUUAUGCCAAACAAAUUUAUGCCUAACAAAUUUCGGCCAAAUAACGUACAUCCGCAUUUACCAGAUCCAGGGAGAAAAUUUAUCUAAGGAUAUAAGGAUUCAUAGUUAGAUAUUGUUUCAGUGUACUAGUAAUGCAAUUUAAGUGUGAUGCAAUUUAAGUUUUUGCAAACACCAUGGACUCACAAGUCUUUUGCACUGAGACGUAGUGUAUUCAUUUGACGCAUGGCUUUUUAUUUCAUAUAAAUUGUACAGAUACUAAUAGCAAUAAAUUUUUUAGCUAACAUUCCUACAUUCGCUCUCUGCAUAUGUUAGAGUAAUAAUUUAUUUUUGUUGUUAAGGUGUAAGUCACCUUUAUUAAGUUUUAUUUAUUUUUUCGGUACCUAACGAUUGCGAUUCUCUAUUCUACUUAGUACCCAAAAAAUCCUAAUUGUAUAUGGAUCAGACUUGCAGCUUCGGAUCCGACUCCCGGUUUCAGAAGUUGAUUAGUAUGAAAAUUUCAAUUUCAAGUGUUUUGUCAUGUAAAGAGAACUCGUUAGUUGAAGACCAAAUAAAUUCAAUUCAGUAAUCAGUCCUCGAUUUCCGGAUUUGAUCAAAACCUCCACAAUGGAACACACUGAUUUUUCAUUGAUGGUUGAAGAAACUUAUAUUCAAAUGGAAGAGUAUAUUUCCGUUAGUGACUAUCAAAUUUCUUCUGGAUCCGACUUCCGGUUCCGGUAUUAUACGACAAUGAAUGUUAGGCAUUUCGAAUCGUUGCUUGAAGUGAGCAUGUAAAGAACGUGAAAAUUUAUUGAAACUGUGCUAAAGACAAAUCGAAAUUGUAGCCUUUGUUAGUUGAGGUUUAGACAGUACCGGUUCUCACCUCAAGUUCUCAAAGAUGGCCUAAUCGAUUGUUAUAAAAUUAGAUUUAAAAAGGUCUUAUAAAGGACAAUUCACACCUUUCCGAUUCGGACACCGAUAUUAUUUCAUUUGUUCCUUAGGCGCGCAUUCACACCUAUUCGGCACAGUGCCGUUUCAGUGCACAGUUUUUUUUUCACUGAAGUAGGUUUGUUAGCACCUUUGCUGUGCCGGAACGGAAACAACACGGAAGGGUUCCGACAAAAAAAAAACACUGGCGGCGCACUGAAGGCACUUCCACUGAACCGUCCUGGAACUGAACCGGAACGGAAAGGUGUGAAUAGUCCUUAAAGAGUGUUUUUAGGAGCUUGCUGAUUUCAAAUUUGAAUAACACACAUGCCAAAUUAUAAAAUGGCAAUUUUUUAUUUGGUGGAUAAUUUCUUAGCAUUUAACAUUUAAAUAUGAUUUCGGGCCGCCACGACUAUUUUUAACAAAGGGUGUUCUGGAGGUCCAAUUCAACAAUUUUUUCAAGCAUUUGACGGCGUAUUUCAGCAAAGACACGUUGAAUAUUGGUUUCCAAAGCAUCAAUCGUUGCUGGGUUAUCCACACAAACCAAUGGCUCCACGUAUCCCCACAAAAAAUAAUCGAGUGGCGUCAAAUAGCGGCCCUUACACGAGCAUUAAAAAUGUCAUUUUAAAUGAUGAAUAAGUAAUGAUGUAUUUCAAAUUUGUUAGAAAUUUCGUCAUUAGUGCACCAUUACACGUUCAUUAAAAUGAUAUUAUUUUUAGUAAUGACAUUUUUAAUGACUCGUGUAAGGGCCGCUAAUCACAGGAAAGCGGAGACCAAUUCAUCGGCCCAUUUCUCGAAAUAAUGUCGUUGAAAUGUUCUUUCAAUAGCGGCCCUUACACGAGUCAUUAAAAAUGUCAUUAGUAAAAAAAAAUAUCAUUUUAAUGAACGUGUAGUGGUGCACUAAUGACGAAAUUUCUAACAAAUUUGAAUUACAUCAUUUAAAUGACAUCAUUUAAAAUGACAUUUUUAAUGCUCGUGUAAGGGCCGCUAAUAGCGGCCCUUACAGAAUUAUUAAUGUCAUUUUUAAUGAUUUCUAAAGUAAUAGCUGCCCUUACACGAGCAUUAAAAAUGUCAUUUUAAAUGAUGACUAAGUAAUAGCGGCCCUUACACGAGAAUUAUUAAUGUCAUUUUUAUUAAUUACUAAAGUAAUAGCGGCCCUUACACGAGUCAUUAAAAAUGUCAUUUGUAAAAAAAUAUCAUUUUAAUGAACAUGUAGUGGUGCACUAAUGACGAAAUUUCUAACAAAUUUGAAUUACAUCAUUUAAAUGACAUCAUUUAAAAUGACAUUUUUAAUGCUCGUGUAAGGGCCGCUAAUGACAUUUCAAAUUUGUAUGGAGAAUUCAUCAUUAUUGCCCUUACACGUUCAUUAAAAAUGACAUUACUUUUUAAUAAUGACACUUUUAAUGCUCGUGUAAGAGCCGCUAAUGAUGUAUUUCAAAUUUGUUAGAAAUCUCGUCAUUAGUGCACCAUUACACGUUCAUUAAAAUGAUAUUACUUUUUAGUAAUGACAUUUUUAAUGACUCGUGUAAGGGCCGCUAAUGACAUUCCAAAUUUGUAUGGAAAAUUCAUCAUUAUUGCCCUUACACGUUUAUUAAAAAGGACAUUAUUUUCGAGUAAUGACACUUUUAAUGAUCGUGUAAGGGCCGCUAAUAAGUUGAUUGUUUCCGCCGCAGUAUGACCGCAGUGGCACCAUCCUGUAGAAACUACUUUUCUUUCACAUCCAUAUUUGGCAAGAUUUUGCAACAAAAAUUUAUUGAUCAUGGUUCGGUAUCUAUCUCAUUUAUAAAAAAAAUAAGUACCGAAGAUUCCAGCAGCCGAUAGAUCGUACCAAGCAUUUAUCAGGAUGUAUCGGUAAUUUUGGAACGGCUUGAGGAAUAUCUUUGCUCCAAAAACGGCAGUUUUGAUUGAAGGGAAUUUUGCGCUAUAAACAGUUUUAAUUGAACACUGAUUUUGAAAAUAAAUGUCCACGAUUUGGAAUGGAACACGUUGUUCUGAACCUAUUCAUUGCCAAACAAUACUAAGUGGAGACGUCACUUUACACUGUCAAAACAACUUUCAGGCAAUAUAGUAAUCCCUAUUGAAAAACUAACCUUCUAAAAUACACCCGUUAUUUCCAUAGGUGGAUAUUAGAUUUAAUCCAGAUCCAGCUUCCGGUGUUCUAAGGCAAUGAGUGUUAAAAAUUACAAACCAUCGCCUAAAGUCACGAAUUAUUUUACGGAAAUACCGGAAAUAGUGAUCUAUUUCUAGAAUAGAAUUUGAAUCAAUUUCUCAUAUUCAGGAAUCAGAACUAAUUGGCUCAAGUGGCAGCCAAGAAAUUUUCCUAAAAAUUUAUCAUUGUUUUCCAACAAACUUGUUUGUUGAAUUAAAGAAAAGCGAUGGCUGAAAGCCAUUUUGUUGAUUAUUUUUAGAAACAAUCUCAGUUGGUGUAGCCCAUUUUUUUCUUUGAAGUAAGCUUAAAGCUUGGCAACAAUCAAUAGCAUAGUGCAGUACAGAAAAGCGUAACUCAACGCUUACGUCGCAUAUUCGACAACAUUCUCGGAAUCAAAUAGGUAUAUCUGCAAUUAUGCAUUUAAACAUAAUAAUUUUAGCUUUCAGAUAAAAGCACGGUUAGGAAAAAAACGCAUUUUGUCGGUUGCGUCACUUAUACCAAUAUAUCUCCGGAACCGGAAGAGACAGCCACUUGAUUUUCGAACUUGAAUCACAAUUCAAUAGUAGCCUAAACGAGCCUGAGUUUAUUAAAAUUGGUUCAGCCAUCUAUCUGUCCCGGGUUGACGGUUCAAUGCAUAGGGCACUGAUCUUACAAACCAGUUGUCGUAUGUUCGAGCCCCGACAUGGAAGGAUUCGUAGUGUCAGUAGAAUCGUAGCACCAGCCAUGCAAUGGUUCUGUACACUCUGAAUUAGCUGCGAAGUCUGUUGAAACAGAAGGUCAAAUUCCACUACAGAAAUGUAAUACCAAGGCUUUGCUUUGCCAUCUCCAAGAAAAUUGCACGGAGAGAAAAAUCUUUGAAAAAGUACACACACAUACACACAUUUGCCAAUCUCGUCGAGCUGAGUCGAAUAGUAUAUAACACUAGAGGUCUCCGGAGCUCCGAUCAAAAGUCGGUUUCUUUAGCAGUUCUAUUACCUUUUUAUAGAGAAAGGCAAAAACGUACAAAGAGUGACAAGGUUUCGAACAUCUACAUCUACAGCUCAACAGAUUUUCGAUAUCAUUGCACCUAUCGAUAGAAAAUAUUUCUACGCAUCAAUUCGAGUUCAUAAAACUAUAUACUUAGGAUAAUUGGUGGCCGAAAUUUUCUAUGCGCCAUUCGUCUCACAAAACCAAAAAUAUUUCCUAACAGUAGGUGUAAUCAGACCCUGCCAGCUUAGAGCGAAAUCAAUCUUCAGUUCAGCAACGCCAUCGCACGGUAUCACAUUCAAUUUGACAUUUCUCUCCAUUACUUCUAUGUACAAGAUUCGAUGCAGACCCGCCUGAGGGUGCCACGCUCGUAAAAAAGGGUGUUGCCAAUGAUUUGUUCGGGAAAUGUGAGAGCUGGAUAUCUUGUUAAUAUGAUGUCUUUGGUGUAAUGUAAUCGAAAAAAGGUGGGUGAGUAAUGUCACAGACAUAACUGGAGGACGUGAAUACGAAUAAAAAUGAUAAUCGUUCGUAAGUUUGUAUGGAACAUUAUAAACUGCCGCCCAAAUAUUCAAAGUAAAUUUUAGCAGUUAUUUUGACAAUACUCGAUGAACAUUAGAUAGAUUAGAUUCUCUUUGUUUACUUUCUCUUUCGAAUAUUACGGUAUUCUUAGCUUCUAAGUGAAGAAAUAAUCGAAAAAUACAGGAAUAUACCGUAAUCACUGAAAAAGAAAGUGAACGAAGAGAAACUGUCAUUUGCACUUAGGUCUAGUGAUGGGCGAGCGCUCAUGAGCCGUUCAUUUGAACCGACUCGUAAGAAUGAGCGAACGAAUCACGGCUCUUCAAAAUUGAGCCGCGGCUCUCAACAUUAAAAGAUAGCCAAGCUACGAACCGUGGUUCAUCCAUGCUCCCGCUCAAAUUUAACAACUAUGGUUCGUGUAGUCUGAGCUAGGGAUGGGCAAAUGCUCACUAGUCGUUCAAAAGAACUGUGGCUUUCAAAAAGAGCAAUGUCACUCAGCAUUAAAAUAUUAGCUUUCUAACGAUGAUAUUUUAUAAUGAAACUGUCAAAUUUAUUCUCCAGUAUUUUUUUAUUUAUUUGAAAUAGAACAGAAAUUUUUAUUGUUUCAAACAGAACCUCGGGUGCUGAAAAAAUAACAGAGGUAUAAAAUGGAUGAAAUUCUCACACGAAAAAUAACGGUUCACAUAAGUGAAUAAUUUUGUAAAUACAACAUGUAUAAAUGAUUUAUAAGUGAAAUUUUUUUCCCUUGCGUUUUGAAAGAUAAACUUGCAAUCAUCAUCCUCGCACACGUACACUUUGUGAAACACAACGUUUGAUCGCCCAUACCGCUCAUGUAUUUUCGUGGCUCUUACACUCACUCUCUCGAACCGUUUCUCCACAUUGACAUUUAUUGAAAAAGAAUCGAUGAGCCGUUCGAUUGAACCGGCUCUUACGAAAGAGUGUUCGGUUCAGAGCCGCUCAUUGAAAUGAGCCGUAUUGCCCAUCACUACUUAGGUCCCUAUCUAAUGUUCAUCGAGAAUGGUUGUGUAAUCCUACGUCAACAGUUCGAACAACCCUCUUGUAGUUUUUUGGCUUUUAAGUGAGGACGACAGGCACUUUUUUGGCCUAUACAAUGUAUAAAAUAAAACUAGGAUAUCAUUUAAGGACAUGGAACACAUGCUGUAAAAGUGUUCAAUGUACAGUUCUAUUUGAAUGUGGUACAAAAAUUAGUGCUUAGUAAUCUGCUAUUAUAGAAGACCUUAAAAUUUUCAUUUCAUAAAUUGCACACCCUUGUAAAAACAAGCGCGAUCAAUUGGUUACUAGAAAUAGCACUGGGUUUUAGGAUAUAAUCUCUUGAUUGGACGCACUUUUCACGGGAAAUUAAAACGGUAUGCAUUCCCAUUUUUUAACAAUCCCAUAGAUCUUUGGCCUAUCAUAACAUGUGUAAAGUAGGGUAAUUUGUUGUAUUGCAGGGUUGUUACGAUUGCGUGGAUUAAGCGCGGUUUUUUCUCAGAUUUUGAUGCGAAAAAAAGUUCUUUGCAAUUUUUUUAAGCUUGUGAGUUUUAUGAUCCCCAAAAAGUUAAAGAUAAGCGAACUGGUCGAAUCGGUGACUUACGGGAAGAUGCGGUUCUAGCAAAUAUUUUCUUUAGCGGACAAAAUUUCGAUUCUAUGCUCUCCGAUCUCGAAUGGUACUCUUCAGCAGAGCUGUUACUAGGAAUUACAAAAACUUUUCGAUAUAUGUCAUUGCGUUUCCCCAUUUUAAUGCGGAAAUAGAAAUAAUAUUUUCGCACUCAGAGAUAUUGAUGUCUGAUGGAAGAUAUCGUAUCAGUUAAAACACAUUCAAAAAUGCAAAGAACGUAAUAAAUAGAAUGCUAUUCUUCGAUAAUAUAGUCACAAAUUUUGUGUGUGAUAAAAAUUGCAUUCUUAAAGCAAAAUUUGCAAAAUAGGCUUACAAAGCGAAGUUGGACAAGAAAAGAAACGAAGAAGAAAAAGUUGAAACCGUUAAAAGUUAAUCCGUGGUGAUAAGAAAUUGUUUUAAUAGUUCGUUGGUUCCACUAUGCAACAUUUUCAACUACAAGUCUGAGACCCAGCAUGAAUUCAUGCCAAAGCGUUCAACUUCCCCAAAUUUAGUAACCUACACUUCCUUCAUCAUACAUUCUUUACAAUCACGACUACAAGUAGAUUCUAUCUACACUGAUUUCUCCGCUGCGUUCGACUAGAUCAAAUAUCACAUAACAAUAUCAAAGCUUACACUGGGAUUUACCGGGUUAUUUCUGAACUGACUUCACUCAUAUUUUACUGGUCGCAAAAUGAUAGUGAAAAUGGGAGAUUGUACAGCCUCACCAUUUGCUGUUACCUCUGGAAUUCUUCAAGGAAGUCACCUUGGACCAUUUAUAAUUUUAUUGUAUCUCAACGAUCUAAAUUUUUCGAUCAAGUGUAUGAAACUAUAGUUCGCCGUUGAUUUUGAAAUAUUUCAUAUAAUCAAAUCUGCAGCUGACUCAGAGUUCCUACAAGAACAGUUGUAUAAUUCAACUGGUUUGUGUAACGUCAACAAAAUGAUUUUAAAUGCCACUAAAUGCUCUGUCAUCUCUUUUAGUUGUAAAAAGUCAGUAUUCAAAUUCGACUAUAAUAUUUCACGAACUGUUCUCGAAUACGCAUCGUCUGUUAAGGACCUGGAUAUUCUUCUGGAUUCUAAGUUAAAUUUUAAAGAGCACAUAGAGUUUACUAUCUCCAAAGCCUCUAAGCUAUUAGGAUUUAUUUUCAGCGUUACUAAAAAAGCUCUGAUGUACAUUGCUUGCAAGCACUGUAGUUCGCUCAACUCUAGAAUAUGCUGCUGUUAUCUGGUCAUCUUAUUACCAAAACGAUAUCCAAAGUAUUGGAGCGAUUCAACGCAAAUUUGUCCGAUUCGCUUUUCGACGUGUUCCAUGGAGAUAUUCUUUAAAGUUACCGAGUUACCAUGACCGCUGCAAACUGAUUGGUCUAAAUUUAUUAUUUGUUCCUCGCGAUGUUUGUAAGACUAGUUUUGUGGCAGACUUACUUCAGUCGCGUAUUGAUUGCUCCAAGCUAUUGCAAUUGUUACAAUUAGACAUUUGACGUCGUAAUCAUAUUUUCUUCUUCGGAUUCUCUAUGUUACAGCUAGUUAUGGAUAUAACGAGCCCAUUGCUAGCAUGGACCGCAUAUUUAACAAAUGUUUCAAUUCUUCCGACUUUCAUUUAUCACGUAAUGUUAUCAAAAAAUCGUACCUCCUGUUAUUGUCUCAUUAGAUUUAGUUACUAUUGAAGUACUAGAUUUAAGAAAAUGUAUCAUUUAGAUGAUUGUAAUCUGUUGAUGUAAAAAAAGAGGAGGUUUUAUACCUGCUGGAGAGCAAGUUUGACAGAAACUAACUCCAGUGGAUUUUACCCUGCACCAAAUAAAAGAAUAUAAUAUUAGGAAGAAAAGAAAGACAUUCAGAGUGAAAUCCGACAACAUGAGAGUCUCAGGAAACAAAAGCUUAAAAUGAGGCGAUAAAGAAUUGAAACUGAAAUUAGAAAGAGUAAAUCAGAUCAUACUGAUGUGGUCUACCUUAAAUGUUUUUAUAAGGAAAAGAAAAAGCUUGCCAAGCAAGAAAAUGUUGAAGCAAAAAAAUAGUCUUCGCUGAAAUCUGUUUAACUUCUUAAAAAAUUCGCUAUUGUUAGCAAUUCUAUUUAUACUAUAACAUUUUCCGUACAUCAGAGAGUAUAAACUAACUAAGGGCAUCGGACAAGAUGGAGAAUAAAAAUGAAAUCGUUUUCAUGGGGUUUAUAGUGUGUUAUAUGCAGACUUAUUUCUUGUGUUUAUAUAACAAAUUUAUGUAGAUUUUAUAAUUAUAUUUAAAUGGAUUUCCAAGUUCUGAGGAAAGUAUCACCUCCAUAAAAAUAGAGGUAUAAUACUUCGCUCGAAUAUCGCGCGUUUUAGUUUUCAACUUUGCGCGGAUUUCGCGCGUUUUGAUUUUGAAAUUUUUCGUAACAACCCUGUAUUGAAAUUUCCAACAUAAGUUUUUUGCACAAAAUUUAGUUUUCAAAUGAUCACCUCUGCAGUUUCAUGGGAAAAUCAUCUUCUAUUAAAUUCAUGGGUUUCGGCAUCAUCUUCUCCCACAGGUGUUUUAUACAAAACAAACGCAAUAUUUAGUUUCUGAUCACGUUUAUUGUCGACUGGUGUACUUUUUAAGUUUUGUUUUAAAUUCGUUUCGGUUCACAUCUUUUCAUUCGUAUGAUACUGCACACUGUUACCUAUAAGUUGUCAAUAAAUUUUAAGGCACUCAAACACUGUCCAGACUAAGUGGAAUCAGCAAGCAAUCGGUAAGCAUUUUACUGUUAGACAACGAAGGUAAAUUAUCCACGGGCUUGUAUCGUAUGUACAGCUUAAGCAUAGUAAUUUUCCAGUUAUUGUUUUCUUGUGGAUCUCUUCGCAGCCCAAUCAUACUUUCAAAUUCACCUAGACUAGUUUGUCGAUUGUCCGGUCCAACACGGUUGGUGUACACCACACCAACGGACAGUAUUAGUACUCCGCUUUGAGUAAUUCGUCCCUGACAACCAUCGAACAUGACAUUUGGCACGAACUGGAAGUUAUAUUGGAACUUUAAGCUUAAAAUUAAAUUGAUUAUGUCCUUCUGUCCUCGGACUUCUUCCACCCCUUGCUGGGAUUCGCUGAUUUCGAGCAUUACAGAGCAAACUGCAUCCGGCCAAAAUGCACUCUCAUCCAGUGAGUUACGGUUCCAUUUGAGAAAAAACCAAAUUGUGUAGUCCAACGCGAGCAGAUUGACCGGAUACUGCUCUAGUCCCGGUUCGGUCGUUUCGUAUCCAGGCCCGUUCGUAUUGUUGCCCAUCGGUCCACCCGUAGCUACGAGAUUUUUCAGAUUACUUGCGGCGUUCUGCAUGGUACUAUUAGAGGAACUGGACUCCGCUGAGGUGGAUGGAUGGAUGGUCGUUAGCGGAUCAGAGCUAGAUGUACCUUCCACUGGUGCUCCAUAUUUGACCCGCCAGAAAUGGACGCACUGUUUGAUAAGACUAGAUUUUGUACUUUCUGGCGGGAGCUGAACAUUAUAAUUUUGCAGGUAUUUGAAGAUAAAUUCAGUUUUUACGAUGUUCUUCGAUAACAGCGAGGAUGCGUCGCGACAGUUUUCCAGCAUGACAUUAAGUGAUUCUGAAAAUGGAAAGGAAAAAUAAUACAGGUUUUUUGCAAAUAAAUGAACUACUGGUUCAAAAACAAUCGUAUCGGAA